CUCUCACAACCUCCAGGCGUGCCAGUCUGAGUUGCGCCUCUGCUCUCUCUCAACUUUUUUUUUUCUGAUUACAACUCCUCUGUAACUCUCACUUCUUUUUUUUUUUUUUAUAAUUCCCUGGCAGCGGAGGGAUGUUCCCUGGAAGGAGGUUACACCCCAGCUGAACAUUCUCACCUUGGAAAGUUUAGGAGUCAGGCUGAUAACUUCUCGGAGAGUUUGUGAAUGGGGAGCGUUUGGGGAGACUUUUACGCAUCGAGCUGAGUGACGCACGGUUCGGUGUUUCAAAAGUUUUUUUGUUUUUUUUUGUCUGUUGUGUCACAUCUACAUCCUCACUUUCUUCUUUUUCUUCAAUGGCAAGGGAGUGUUUUAAGGAGACUCUUACAGAUCGGGUCUCUGGAGAGAAAGUUUGGUGAACUUGUGCAACAGCGAACCUAGUUUUAUUUAUUUUAUUUUUUAAUUCCUCCGCACAGUCGAACUGCCCGUCUUGACGUUUUGCAGGAUCCUCACUUCCACAGCGUCGACUUUCCCCCCACCCCGCGGAUUUUCAAUUAACUUCGGUUGGAAGUAAUUUCAGUGGAUAUCAUGCCUCCGACAGGGCCGGAGAAGCGCGCCGCGCUCUGCCGGGUUUGGGUUCUGGUUUUAGCUUCGCUGGUGUGCGCUGCGUCGGUGGAUGGAUGCCCACACAAGUGUAGCUGCUCCGGGUCGCAUGUGGACUGCCAGGGUUUGGGUUUGAAGACUGUGCCCAAAGGAAUACCGAGGAAUGCCGAGCGCUUGGAUUUGAACAGAAACAACAUCACCAGAAUCACUAAAGUGGACUUCUCUGGCAUCAAGAACCUCAGGAUUCUUCAUCUGGAGGACAACCAAAUCAGUGUUAUCGAGAGAGGAGCCUUCCAAGACCUCAGGCUGCUGGAGAGACUUCGCCUGAACAGAAACAAACUCCAGUUUCUCCCAGAGCUUCUCUUCCAGUCCAACCCCAAACUAGGACGACU